AUGGCAUCCAGCGAACUGCACGACGUCGUCUGGACCAAGACGAAGCCACCAGAUACGCUCAGUAGAUCCCGCCUCGACGGCGUUAACAUCGCCAUGCUCACCCUUGCUUCCUUCAUCUUCGCCACUCGCACUGUUCUUCGGAUCGUUGGGAAAAAGGCAGCGGAGGCGCAGGAUAUCCUUAGUUAUAUGGCGUACGUGUGCUACGUGCUCAUGGUAGUCAUGUAUCUGCAGGAAAACGAUCCUUUGUAUCGUGCUGAGAGUGUGCUGAGAGGGGAGAGACCGGCGUAUCAGGGAAUUUUCAUGUUUCUUCCAUUCCGAAUAACUUGGAACCUUCGUCUUCCAGGAAUUCAGAAGGCUGGUAUUUUUGUACUUUUUGGCAGCGGCUGGAUAUGCAUUCUGUUCGCAACUCUCCGUGUUGUCCAAGUCAGUACAAACAACGGCAUCCCAAAAAUACCCGAUCCGAAGUGGCUACAAAUGUGGACCAUUAUUGAGACAUCAAUGGCUGUGAUAAUUGGAUGUGGUCCCGCUUUCAAUGCGCUUUGCCCCCGAUAUCGUGCUCAGAACGCACGAAGACGCCCAAUUAAUUUGGAAUAUAUCAAAGAGCCUGAUUUAGCAACUAGGUCCAACAGAGAAACUAGUCAAAUAUGA